CAGCCUUUGUUAUUGCCAGGCCCUUGUUCCAGUUACCGUCGAUGUGGAGGUUCCAUUUGACCUACAUCGAUACAUCAUCGGGCAAAAAGGUAGUGGCAUUCGCAAAAUGAUGGAGGAGUAUGAGGUGAACAUCGCGGUGCCCCCUCCAGAGCACCAGUCCGACGUUAUCAAAAUCACUGGCUUGGCGGUGAACCUGGAGCGGGCGCAAGCCGGGAUCCUGGAGCGGGUCAGAGAGCUGCAGGCGGAGCAAGAGGACAGGGCUUUACGGGGCUUCAAGUUGAUCAUGUCGGUCGAUCCCAAGUACCAUCCAAAGAUUAUCGGGAGGAAAGGAGCUGUCAUUUCACAGAUUCGGAAGGACCAUGAUGUUAAUAUUCAGUUUCCUGAUAAGGGGGACGAAAAUCAGGAUAUGAUCUCCAUCACGGGCUACGAGAGGAACACCGAAUCUGCCAAGGAUGCCAUCAUGAAGAUUGUGGCUGAUCUGGAAGAGAUGGUCAGUGAGGACAUCAAUCUGGACCACAGGGUUCAUGCCCGCAUCAUUGGGGGCCGGGGAAAGGCCAUCCGCAAGAUCAUGGAGGAAUUCAAGGUGAAGCUGACACACUUGGCACACGCUGGGGGUGUUGUCUCACACUAGAUUGCUGGUGGCUGA